UGAAUGACGUCGCGGAAGUUAUUUUUGUCCACCGGCCCCUCCUGGUCACAAGUCACAACAAACCCGACAAGGGGGACGGAGGAGGGCCGAGGAGGACGGAGGAGGACCGAAGAAGACCGUAGGGGACAGAAGAAAACCGAGGAGGAUGGAAGAAGACCGAAGCAGACCGAAUGGGACAGAAGGGGACAGAAGAAAACCGAGGAGGACCGAGUAAGACCGAGGAGGACCGAAGAAAACCGAAGGGGACAGAAAAAAACCAAGGAGGACCGAAGAAGACCGAGGGGGACAGAAGAAACCCGAGGAGGACCGAAUAAGACCGAGGAGGACCGAAGAAGACCGAAGAGGAAAGAAUAAGACCGAGGAGGACCGAAGAAGACCGAAGAGGACAGAAUAAGACCGAGGAGGACCGAAGAAGACCGAGGGGGACAGAAGAAACCCGAGGAGGACCGAAGAAGACCGAAGAGGACCGAAGAAGACCGAAGAGGACAGAAUAAGACCGAGGAGGACCGAAGAGGACCGAAGAAGACAGAAUAAGACUGAGGAAGACCGAGGAGGACCAAGGAGCGAUGGCCCAGGCCAACAUCUCGGUGACGGAGAGUCAGUUCCGGUGUCCCAUCUGCCUGGACAUGCUGAAGGACCCGGCGUCCAUCCCGUGCGGACACACCUACUGCAUGCGGUGCAUCAACGACUACUGGGACCGGGCCGAGCCGGGCCAGCUGAGCUGCCCGCAGUGCCGGGAGUCCUUCAGCCCUCGGCCGGUGCUGCGGAGGAACACCGUGCUGGCCGAGGUGGUGGACAAGCUCAAGCUGAGCGAGGCCUUCUCGGCGGGGGCGGCGGCCGAGCUCUACCGGGGCGGAGGCGGGCAGGUGCCGUGCGACUUCUGCCCGCCGGAGAGCAGGCUGGCGGCGGCCAAGUCGUGCUUGGUGUGCCUGGCCUCCUUCUGCCAGACGCACGUGUCUCCGCACCGGGAGGUGGACACGCUGCGGCGGCACAAGCUGGUGCAAGCCGUGCCCUGUCCCGCCCGCAGGCUGUGCGCGCAGCACCGCCUGGGGCUGGAGCCUCCCGCCGGGGGUGGCGAGGCGGAGGACGCCCCGGCGGAGUGGACCGGGGACUGUCUGCUGUGCGAGUCCGACUGGGAGGAGGUGCAUCCCGGGGAGGCUCAGAGGGCCAGGAGACAGGUUCAGCUCCAAGAGUCUCAGAGGACGAUCCAGGGCAAAAUCCGAAGCGGCGAGCGCGAACUGGAGGAGUCUCAGCAGAGCUUGGAGUCGCUGAAGGCGUCCGCUUCGGCCGUCCUGGAGGACAGCGAGGCCCUCUUUGCUGACAUGGCGCUCCGCCUGGAGAAGACCAAGAUUGAGGUUCGUGCCAGGCUGGAAGCCCGGGAGCGAGCGGCGGUGGGGCGGGCCGAGCUGGACAUGGAGAUGCUGCGGAAGGAUCUGGAAACGCUGAGGAGGAGGGACGAGGAGAUCAGCCGGCUCACCCAAACGGAGGACAACGGACACUUCCUGCAGGCGGCGCCGCUGCUGUGCCUUCCAGUCCCUGCCAGCCGCCCUUCCAGGACCAUGGGCCCGCCCACCGAGGCCUUCAGUGGCGCCAGGAGGGCGCUGUGUCACCUCCGCAGUCGUGUGGAGGAGGUGUGUCGCGAGGAGGUGGACAUGAUCAGCCGAGCAGAUGGUCGACUAAGUGCAGAGAACUUCAAGCCUCAUCAGUCUCCACGUUCAGCAGCUCAGGAUGCUACACAAGUGUUGUCUGCCUCGUUCCCGCUGUCCUUGUUGUCUCUGCUGCCGGCCGAUCAGAGGAUGAGGGCGGCCUUCCUCAGGUUUUCCUGUCAUCUGUCCCUGGAUCCGGAGACGGCCCAUCCCACUCUGGUUCUCCUGGAGGGUCGCCAGGGGGCGCACUGCGGCGAAGAGCCCCAGUCCUAUCCCACCCACCCCCAGCGCUUCGACUCGGUGGCUCAGGUGCUGUGCCGGGAGGGCCAGUUCGGCGGCGCCAGCUACUGGGAGGUGGAGUGGCGCGGGGGCGGCUGGAUGGACAUCGGCGCCACCUACCGCGGGAUCGGCCGCAAGGGCGGCGGAAAGCCCUGCUUGCUGGGCCGCAACGAGAACUCGUGGCGGCUGAGGUGCACGCCGGUGGGCUACGCCGCCUGGCACGACAACCGCAAGACCACCGUGGCGGCGCCGCCCUGCCCUCGCAUCGGCGUCUUCCUGGAGCGCCAGAAGGGGGCGCUGUCCUUCUAUAGCGUGUCCGACUCCAUGAUGCUCCUACACACCUUCCGAUGUCCCUUCUCUCAGCCGCUCUAUCCGGCCUUCCGGCUGGACCUGGACUCCACCCUGCUCAUCUGCCCCCAGGAGUCAGGGUCCGGGAGCCAGACGUAGCCCCGCCCCCUGCUCCUUCCCCCAGGAGUCAGGGACCGGGAGCCAGACGUAGCCCCGCCACCUGCUCCUUCCCCCAGGAGUCAGGGGCCGGGACCCAGACGUACCCUCGCCCCCUGCUCAUCUGUCCCCAGGAGUCAGGGGCCAGGAGCCAGACGUACCCUCGCCCCCUGCUCAUCUGUCCCCAGGAGUUAGGGGCCGGGAGCCAGACGUAGCCGCUCCCCCUUCCCCCAGGAGUCAGGAGCCUAGAGCCAGACGUAGCCCCACCCCCUGCUCCUUCCCCCAGGAGUCAGGGGACGGAAGCCAGACGUAGCCCCGCCUCCUUCUCCUUUCCCCAGGAGUCAGGGGCCGGGAACCAGACGUAGCCCCACCCCCUGCUCCUUCCCCCAGGAGUCAGGGGCCGGAAGCCAGACGUAGCCCCGCCUCCUGCUCCUUCCCCCAGGAGUCAGGGGCCGGGAGCCAGGCGUAGCCCCGCCCCCUGUUCCUUCUCCCAGGAGUCAGGGGCUGGGAGCCAGACGUAGCCCCGCCCCCUGUUCCUUCUCCUAGGAGCCAGGGGCCGGGAGCCAGACGUAGCCCCGCCCUCUGCUCCUACUUCUACGAAGGGCUUCUGCUUCCCGUCCUCAAACAUGAAUGCCUUUGAAAACCUUUUAGCGUUUGCAAGAAAUGUACUUUUCACCUUCCGGACUACCGUGGAACCUUUAGAGCAGGGGUGUCCAAAGUGCGGCCCAUUGUUGGCAUUCUAACAUUAGCAUGGCAGAUUUUCAGUUAAUUUUGCAGGUAUACACUUUAGCGUCAAAUAUUUUUUUACUUUUCGAAUGAUACCUGUUAGCAUGGUAACGUUGGUAUGCUAGCGUUUUAUAUUUUUUGGUAUAUAUACCUCAGUCAUAUAUUCAUAUUUGAUGUAUGCUAACGUUAACAUGCUAGCAUUUCCCCCAAAAAAAUCAGCCACAAACCUAAGUAAUAUUUAGGUUCUUGACCUAUAUUACAGUUAGCAUUUUAGCACGCUAACUUUUGCAUACUAGCUUUUUUAGUUAAUUUUGCAGGUAUACACUUUUGCGUCAAAUAUUUUGUUAUUUGUAGAAUGAUACCUGUUAGCAUGCUAACGUUGGUACGCUAGCGUUUUAUUUUUGCACAUUUUUUUUAGGUAAAUAUACCUCAGUCAUAUAUUCGUAUUUGAUGUAUGCUAACGUUAACAUGCUAGCCUUUCGAAGAAAAAUAAAAAAUUCAGCCACACACCUAAGAGUAAUAUUUAGGUUUUUGACCUAUAUUACAGUUAGCAUUUCAGCAUGCUAACUUUUGCAUAUUAGCUGUUUUAGCUAAUUUUGCAGGUAUACACUUUAAUUUCAGAUAGUUUGUUACUUGUCGAAUGAUACCUGUUAGCAUGCUAAAAUUGGUACACUAUCAUUUUUAUUAAACAUUUUUUUUAGGUACAUAUACCUCAGUCAUAUAUUCGUAUUUGAUGUAUGCUAACGUUAACAUGCUAACCUUGAAAAAGAAAAAAUAGCUACACACUUAAAAGUAAUAUUUAGGUUAUUGACCUAUAUUACAGUUAGAAUUUUUAGCAUGCUAACUUUUGCAUACUAACUUUCUUAGCUAAUUUGCAGAUACACACCUUAGCAUAAAAUAUGUUUUUACUUGUCGAAUGAUACCUGUUAGCAUGCUAACUUUGGUAUGUUAGCGUUUUUGUUUUUUUUACACUUUUUUUAGGUACAAACCCAAGUCAUAUAUUCGUAUUUGAUGUAUGCUAAUGUUAACAUGCUAGCAUUUCAAAAACAAAUUCAGCUACACACCUAAGAGUAAUAUUUAGGUUAUUGACCUGUAUUAGAGUUAACAUUUUAGCAUGCUAACUUUUGCAUACUGGCUUUUUUAGCUGAUAUUGCAGGUACACAUUUUAGCGUCAAAUAUUUUGUUACUUGUCGAAUGAUACCUGUUAGCAUGCUAACGUUGGUAUGCUCGCGUUUUAUUUUUUUACAUAUUUUUUUAGGUGAGUAUACCUCAGUCAUAUAUUCGUAUUUGAUGUAUGCUAACGUUAACAUGCUAGCCUUUCAAAAACAAAUUCAGCUACACACCUAAGAGUAAUAUUUAAGUUCUUGACCUAUAUUACAGUUAGCAUUUUAGCAUGCUAACUUUUGCAUACUAGCUUUUUUAGCUAAUUUAGCAGGUAUAUUAAUGCUAAUCGUAAGCAUGCUUUUGUUAACAUAGCAUAGUACUGUUAGCAUGCUAGCUUUUUUUUUAGCUAAUUUUGCUAAAUUUUGGGGUUAUUUGACAAUAUCUAGCCAGCGUGCUAACUUAGCAUUUCAGUUUGGCUUCAGCAUUCACAUGAAAUUUCUACCGAAUACUUCUUUGAAAAAAAUCGAUACGGUGUACUGAUUUUGAAGGUGAAAACUACCAACAUUGAUUUGUCAGUCUGUGGCACCUCAGUAGGGAAAAGUUAGGGGCACCCCUGCUUUAGAGUCAAACUCAAAAACGUUAGCGAUGUUAGCAUGUAGCCAGGAAGUGACGCAAUAGCAGUAAAAUUCAGCCUCACCACGCAUUUAUUAGCAAAGUUCACAUUUUUAUACGCUUAACCAGGAGAGCCCUGAUCCGAUAUUGGUAUCGAUCUGAUAUCACUCACACGAUAUCUCACACAAGGUUGCUCUUUUCUGACAUUCCACACGACAAAACAAUACAAAUACGUACUAUGAUUCGUGCUGAUAUCGUAUCGGAUCAAUAUCGUAUCGUGAAAAAGUUGAAACCCUCACUACUAACAUUGCUUCACUUCUUUAUAAUACAAAAUAAUUGAAUGAUUAAAAAUAUCUAUAUAUUUUAAUUGAUACUGUUUACAGAAAAACAAGAUGUUUGACCUUAAAAGUUCGAUUGAAAACGCUCAGGUAAACGUCUGAAAAAACAGGUUCUUCAUUUUUCUGUACGUCGACUAACCGCAUUAACACCGAUACUGACAACAAUAGUGAGCAAAGUUAUCGUCACGCAGGUAAAAAGUCGCCUUUUGACUAACAUGUCAACUAAUCUGUGCCAGGACUGUGAUCACAUGACUGUGCCUUUAAAGCCAACAAACUGCGGUCAUACUGUGUGUGUAUAUAUAUAUAUAUAUAUAUGUAUAUAUAUAUAUAUAUAUACACACACAUAUAUGUGCGUAUAUGUAUAUAUGUAUAUACAUAUAUGUAUAUACAUACACACACAUAUACAUGUAUAUGUAUGUAUGUAUAUAUAUGUAUACAUAUAUAUUAUAUAUGUGUGUAUAUGUAUGUAUGUAUUGAUAUAUAUUAUAUAUGUGUAUAUAUACACAUAAACUUACACAUAUAUAAUAUUUAUGUAUAUAUAUAUGUGUAUACAUAUAUACAUGUAUGUAUAUACACACAUGUACAUAUAUAUACACACACAUAUAUACAUAUAUAUGUAUAUAUAUUAUAUGCAAUAAAAUAGAAUAUUAGCCACUAACAGGACACUUGAUUAGGUACACCAUUUGUGUGAGAAUGUUCACUUUUGAUUGACAGUCAGGUAUUUUAUUAAAAACAAAUGUGUUUAUUACGCUGGCUGUAGUUUGCGGUGCGCUGUGUGUUGUCCCGAGCUAAUAUUUCCAUGCGCUCACACUGUGGAUGUGGGAAGUAGAUGUCUGUUUGUUUGUUUUGUUGUUGUUGAAAAUGAAAGUAUUUGAAUGUGACGAUCAAAGCCAAAGUUAGGACAUGCUUGAAAUACACACAAAGUGCUUUAUUCUACACGCUCGUAGGAUUGUUACCGUGGUAACAAUCAUGCAGAUGUUUGUUCCUUAGCCGGCUGUAAAGUGUAUUGUACCGAUUCUGGAAGCUCAUAUCUUAACGAAUAAUAAAGUGACCUAAACAUG